GAUCUAGUGAAAUUUGAUUAUUAAGAUGUUUAUUUUUGGGUAAUCCUUAAUCGCACAAUAUACAAGCUUAAAGUUAAGGUAUAUAUUAUAUCUUUUUCGAUGGUAUUGUUUGUUAAAAAGAAAAUAAAAAAUAGCACAAUAGAGUGUCUCCAUUAAUAUUUUCACGCUAAAUACCCUUUGAAAAUAACAUUUAAAUAUGUACAGUAAAACAUAAAUACAUGCAUUUGAAUAAUAUUAUAUACAAAAGACAACACUCUUAAUAUGAUCAGAAAUAUAUAAAGAGGUUUUAAAAGAAUAAAAAAAAUAUAUGAAAAUAGAAAGUAUGUGUGUUUUUAAGUAAGAAUUAUUUCAGAGAUAAUUUAAAUUCAUACUAGUCAAUAUAACCCUUAUCAAAGAGCAUGUAUUAUGCAUCUUGCACACGGGACAUAAAGGGGAUAUAUCGAUUAUUGUUUUUCAUUAUUUUGUUUUAAUCUGGAGACAGUGUGCAAGUAUGGGAUUUUCUUGCUAUCUUUAUAAAAGAAUGGAUCCUCACCUAUUUUGCUAUUUAUUUGAAAGUUAUUGCCUUUGCUUAUUUGCACGGUCCAAUAUUUAAGUGUGCAUUUUUUUCCCGCUUAACAUCUUAUUUCAGCGUAUUUAUUUCAUAAAUUUGAUAUUGACCGUACUCUCAUAUCUAAACAAUCAUCUCAGUAUACCCACUGCAUUGCUUAAAAAUAUAAUUCCUUAUAUCCUCUGUAUAUAUAUUAAAAUGUAUAUGUAGAAAAUACGAUUUCGUAUAUCCAAUGUAUAUAUGGAAAAUACGAUUCGUAUAUCCCCUGUGUGUAGAAAAUACUGUUCCGUAUAUCCUCUGUAUAGGUUAUGUAGAAAAUACAAACCUGUAUAUCUUAAAAUACGGUGCUUUAUAUCCACUGUAUAUCUAUAGUAUACUAGAAAAAAUGACAUUAAUAAAGUCCGUAUACGGGAUUUUUAUCUCCAUAUACUACAUAAAUAAGAUUAAAUAUUCAUACAUGUAUAUUGAACAAAAUACGGAAUUCGUACAUGCCUGGUUCAUAUACGGAGUUCUCGUAUACCCGAGUUUCCCUUUACGGACUCGUAUACAUGGUUUGUAUAUUAGACAAAUAUAUCCCGUACACACCAGUAUAUGUUACAAAUACGAUACCGUAUAUUUCCGUAUAUUAUUGUAUUUUUGCAGUGCAAUUACUACGCCAAGUGGUGCUUUUGCUAUUUUAUCUACAAAGAUUUAUCACCAAUUGAUAAUAUCCAAGAUGAGGAACAUAAGUUAUAUGUUUUAUUCAGCAACCUUAAGUUUUGACGCCAGAUCAAUUUGCAAUAUUUUAUGUGAAAUGCUGUAGAGGUUUGAUUUUUGAUGAAAAAUAAAAUAAUGCAAAUUGCCGAGUUAAUUGUAGUCCUAUCUUGGUGAUUUCUGAAAACAUUUUGUUUCUGGGUUGCAAAUUCAAAACUUCAACGUUCCUGCUUUAGUUUUGAAGUGUUUAUUUUGUUGUAUGCCGUUACAAGCAUCAUAAAAUGAACAAUAAAAAAUUGGCAAAAUAGUCUGAAGCAUACACUAGACAUUUAAUCGUGUUCCAACAUAACAAAAAAGAUGCAUAUAUUUUUUGUGGCCAAUAUAUAACUUAUCUAUAUCAAAAUGGUCAAAAAAAAUCUUAUAAACAAUGGUUAGUUUUAAUUUCCAUAAUAUUACAUAAAUGUAUAUUAAAAUACUUGAUUUAUAAGUGAAAUAAAAACAUAACCAGUUUUAAUCAAAUCAAACUUAUUUUUUUCAAUCAGUGCAUUAAGCACUAAAUGAAUAUGUUAGGCAAAUUUUGAUAUAGCGAUCACUGAUAAGCAUUUAAUCAUUAGACAAAUUAAUAAAAACUCGACUUUACCCGGUGCCAUAUUUGUUAUAAACGACAGCUUGAUGGAUCAAAACAAUAAUUAUUAUCUACUAAAAAAUCAAUGCCAAGACAAUUUUUGCACAUUUUUACGGAAUAAACCUUUAGAGUAGUUAGUUAUGUAUCACGAUUAUCACAAUUGCUACACUUUCGAUUAUUAUAUAAACCGUAUAAAUGUUUUUUGCAAUAUCACGUGAAAUUAAUUAUGUUUAUAUUCUGUGAAGUAAUAGAAACAGUAUUGAUGCCUGCUUUCAUAUAAUGGACAAUAUGUUGAACCGGUUGCAAAGAAUGUUUUUCUUGAUAUCGUAUGCUGUCAUGAUAUUUUGUAUGACAAUAACCUUUGUCGAGACAAUUUGGAAAAACUCAUCCUUUCUUAAAUAUAAAGUCAGUGAAAAAUCAGAUAUGCAAAACGGCUGGACUGAACAGAUUAAAAGUAUUCAAAAGGAAGUAUAUAAAGAAUUCAAUGUGCAAGAUCUGCUUGCAUCUCAAUGUCAGGACCAUUUACUAGCAGCAGACCCAUCUAAAUCAACAAUUGAAAUAAAAGAACAACACAGAAUUGCAGUCGGCGAUAGCAUUGAUAUUAAAUUAAUCAUUUAUGAUGGUUACGGAAAUAUGAAAACAAAGGGCGGGGACUACCUCAGAACAAGACUUUAUAAUGACAAUUUAAAAGCUUAUGCCAAUGGGGAGGUACUAGAUCAUAAAAAUGGAUCCUAUACAAUUAGGCACAACGCACUAUGGACAGGUUUAGCAAAAGUAGAGAUAGAGCUUUUAUAUCCAAAAGAGAUUCUUGCAGCAAUUAUUCGCAGAAGACAUCAUUGGCAUUUUAACGAUAUACGUGCAAUAUUCGAGUCUUUUAAUACAUCCGAAUCAACGCAAUGUCAUUCAGACAAGAACGUAUUUAAAAGAAACAAAAAAGGUUCAGAUUUGUGCAAUUUUUCUUAUUGGAAUAACACAAUGCCUUGGUAUUGUCUGAAACCUGUCGACAGAACUUUGUCGUGUAAUGAUUUGAAGAAAUACGAACGCAAUUGGAUUGGCUAUUUAGAAGGCCUUAAUGAAUGUGAACUUCGUCUUGUAAAAAGGGUGGUUGAUCCGGAUAUCCUCCCGGGCUAUUUAUUGGGUCUUUCUCGAUGUUGUUCGACCGCUGAUUGAUUUGGUGGUGAUGUUGUGAAAUAAUAUUGCAACGAAAGCGUUUCUAUACUUUCACUAUUUCAUAUUUAUAAAGAACGUAAAAUUCACUCAUUUUGGACAUAAGUCAUUCAACGCGCUAAAUAGAUUUAACUUUUAUAAAAACAGCUAAACAUGUUACAAACAUAAUCAUCAUUAUGACACGCGCUAUUGAGCAAUUAUCGUCUAGUUUGUGUUUUUCACACGUCUGAAGGGAACAGACGAAAGAAAACUAUUAGUCGAGAUAAACAAAGGAUAACUGUGAAAAUAACUGUUGGGACUGAAAUUGUACAUCGAGAUACUGAAAAUAUCGAAUUAAAAAUAUCGAGAUAAACAACUAUUUCCAAUAUAGAUAAAGAAGGAGGAAAGUCGGGACUUUCAAAAUUUCAUCGAGAUAACGAAAUAUCGAGAAAGCGAUGUCGAGAUAACGAUAGUUGACUGUAAUCGUUUAAUUAUUUUAUUUUCAUUUAAAAAGCACAAGCUCUUUUGUGUUUUUACUGUAUGAAAACAUGGUUUUACACAAUGAUAAAUAUUUACUUAUCAGGAAAUGAUUUUGCAAUCUCUUAUAAUUGAAUGUUUUCAAUGUAUUUUUCUUUUAUUUUUCUAUUCUCAAAAUAUGUAUAGAACUGCUAUGAAACUUAACAGAAAUCAAUUUACGUCAUGUCAAAAUAUUGACGUGCGGUGAUUUUUAUUUACUGACUACGGGUGAACCGUUUAAAAACUAGUAAUCGUGUAAACAAUAAAUAUAAUGUAAAUAAAGGUUAAUCUUUAUGUGAUAAAAUACCUUUCAUCUGACUCGUAAAGUUUUAUUUAUUCUGCACAUUCAGUUUACGAAAUAUUUAUGCUAACACAGAAGAAAAAUAAAAUAUAUCAAAUUGAUUUUUCUGAUGGUUUUGUUAAAACCUCAUAUUACAAGUCAACACUAAUGUAACAGUGAAUCAACAACAACAAAAAAACAACGCUGAACGCACUGUUGAAUGUUUUAAAAAUUGGUUUGAUUCAGUUGGUUUGAUUCAGCAUUUGAAUUGACGGCUUUUGUAAAAGCAAACUACCGUAAACAAACUAAGCGUCUGGUAACGCAGCAACAUUUUAGAAUGUAUAUUUAGAUUUUUUAUUUAAAAUAUAUUUGUUUAUUCCAAAAAAUGUCUUUAAAAUGUGUUUUAAUGUGGAACUAAAUGAUUUGGAUCAAACAUUUUUACGCAGGCAACAUAUCUCAAGGAUAUUCAAGCAGUAUUCAAAAAGUUAUGCUGGAACUAUCCUUCCAUUUGAUUUAAAAAACCGAAAAUACAACAAAAACUUGAGUCUGAACGACAUCAAAGAAUUACAAAUAAAUAUUGAUUGAAAUCAUUUCAGUAACUUUUUCUAACAUAAUAUGAUAUAUUUAUAAAUGUUUUGUUGUUUCUAGUUAUUUACUACAAAUUUGUAUCCUGUGAUACUCAUAGCCAUCCAGCUGUUUUUUUGUAACAACCAGUUUGCAAGUCUGAAAAUAUUAAGAUUGACGGAAAUCACUUGCAACAUGUUUCACGCGCAACCUGUUCUGCAAGAUCGAUUUACUUUAGCUAUUCGAAAAUCACAGAAACAUACAUAUUGUUAAGCCUAAAAAAAUUUUAGACGUUGCUCGGUAUUACAAUCCAAUAAAUCGACAAUAUCUCGUCCUUGGAACACAUUUCUCUGAACUUGCCGAAAUGUUGUAGACCUCGUAUACUGUCACCACGUUUAAAAAUUAAGAUGAAGACAGGAAAGGCGUCUCUGCGCUCAAAAAAGUACAAGAACAAAGAUCAACGAGGCCGAGUGACGUUCAAAAAACGCUGCCCCGGAUUGUCGACAAGAAGGUACAGUAGUCAUCGAGACUGACCAGCCUGUUGAUGUACAAUUUCCAUCGUAUCACCGUAUCUUUCAAACUUAUUUAAUAUCUAUCACUUCAACGUCCUUAAUCCUAAACGUACAAUUCUUGAUACAAAUACCAGGAUUUCUCUGCUAGUAAUUAGGAUGUUCAUAAGAAGCAAAUUUUUGCGACUAAUGGUGGUGACUCUAGAUAAUGAAGUGCACAAGGUUUUCACAUCCGAGCCUUUGGACUUUUCAUUUAGAAUUUACGCUGCAAAUGGAUUAAUAAACACAUAUCAGAAAUGAUGAGAAAGUAUUUAUUUUAUUUUUCUUACUUGUACCUUUUCUUAACCUGGAAUAAUACAUUCAUGAUUUUUAAAAGUAUUUACAUAUGUAAAUACAUAUAUACCUAAUUGAUUGUACUGUAGAAAUUUAAAGUCUCCACACUACAACGUCAAAUAUUUUUAAGGAAAAAAUAUAUAUUCAAAAGAUGUCUUGCAAGUAAUAUAUUUUUACGUUAUAAAGUCAUUUUCAGUCAGAUAAUCAUUUGUUUACAUUAUAUCAUUUUGAGUCAAUGCAUAUUGUCAUAUCUCUUGGACGAUAUAUAUUCAUUUUAAAAGAAUCAUUUAAGGUAUUUUUCCAUAUAUUGUAAACAAAUUCCAAUAUUAAAAGGAACAAUAUACGUAUCAUAAAUAUUUCGACGUCGCAAAAUUAACUACUUAUUCAGUAUAAAAUAAUAGAAUAACAACGGAAAUUACCCAGUUUUAGGGCAGUAAAAUAUAUAACUUUUUUACCCAAGGGAUCAGUAUAGAGUAGGAGAUGUAAUUAAUAUAACAGUUGGAGCAUCCAAGAGGGC